GACUAAUAAACGUGCAGAAACGUUAAUCGUGGCAAAGCCUAUUCGAAGCUAGAAAACUUUAAUCCCAUAAUACGAAGGUGGUAAAAUGCUCUAUUUCAGCCAUCUUCCAAUCUCCUCAAAGUUUUGUUAUUACUACAAUAAGACGAGAGUUGUGUGGAUAGAUCAUCACAUGUUUUGAUAAUUUUCAAGUGGUCACAUCCUUAUUAGCUCGGACGAGUUUCUCAUCAAUUGUUCCUCACUCACCACCACCAUUAUUAUCACCACCAUCAUGCCUAUAAACGAGCGACGGUCGAGCAUCUCUGGGCGCAUUCGUAAUAAUUCCAUCUCAUUAGCAGAUGCAGCUCUGAAUUUCAAUCCCCAAUUGGGGAUGUGGGCAGCAACCGGUACCGCCAUAGCCUAUGCUCCAACGCUGGAAGAACUCCGCGAGCCCAUUUCCGGAGGCGCAAAUAUCGAAUUCAAUGAACAUGGCCAUUCUACGCGUACCGUCACGACAGACUUAAAUGGUGAACCAGUCCUUGCGAAAACUUUAUCACGUACAAAAACCCGUCGAUUCAGUAAUGCGCAAGUUUUAAACCCCACGCCAAGUGCUGGCGAUGGGCAUUUCUAUACCGUACUCGAAACUGAACCUACAUUUGCGAAACCUUCAUUGAAGACUCGAACAACAGUUGUUGAAGAAGAAAGACAUGGAUGGGUUUCUGCGAUUAAGCAUGGCCUUGCUGCAUUUUGGAAAUUUGCAACAACGCCUACUGGUUUCUUGAUGACUAUAUAUGGACUGAACAUUGUGGCAUGGGGAGCUAUGCUUUUCUUUUUACUGCUAGACGCUGCUCCAGCAAUGGAUCAUCCGGAUAAAGAUUCCAAUGAUUCACCUAGAAAGAAAUGGUUGGAAAUUGAUUCACAGAUUUUAAAUGCUUUGUUUUGCGUCACUGGGUUUGGCUUGGCGCCGUGGCGGUUUAGAGAUUUAUGGAAUUUGUUGCAGGUAAGAUUUGGGAAGAAUAAGAAAGCAAUGAAGAGGUUGGCAAAGCAAAACCAAAGUUGGUUUAGACCUGGGGCUUGGUAUACAGAUUCGCUAAGGGAGGAAAGCGAAGAGAAUGGUAUCUCCAUUCCAACCACUUUCACUGGGGAAGUUGCACCUCCUACUAGAUUAUGGAAACUUAGCUUUGUGGUUUGGAUGAUGGUUUUGAAUACUUUGUUUCAAGGAGUAUUGGCUGGGUUCAUGUGGGGAUACAAUAGAAUUGAUAGACCUUCAUGGGCGACUGGUACAUUUAUUGCUUGUGGGUGCGCUGUUAGCUUAUUCGCAGGAAUUAUGAUGUGGUGGGAAGGGAGGAAGGUUAAAAAGAUUGAAGGCCCAGUAAUCAAGGUUAUAGAACCCGAUGAGAAAGUGAUAGAGUUGGAGGAUCACUCAAACAAAUAGAGGGUCUUUGACCAAUUAUUAUAUCUUCAUUGCUCUAUGGAUGGCUCUAUAGCUCUAUUAGUCAUUAAUGUGGAAGUCUCCAAUCAACGAUGUUCUCUUCUAUGUAAGUCAUGACAAUCAUGACAGCCA